UGGUUCCUCGGUCCUUUCUAUCACCUGAUCAGACUCUUCCACCCUGACUACGUCAAACCUCUGUUAAUGGCACCUGCCAGCAUGACAAUGAAAAAGAGUCUCAUUUAUCACCACCUACAGCCUUGGCUAGGACACAGUGUGCUGAUCAGAAAUGGCCAGGUGUGGUUUCGUAAAAGACGACUGCUGACUCCAGCUUUUCAUUUUGAUAUUUUAAAGAGCUACAUUACCAUAUUUAACUCCUCGUCUAAAAUCAUGCAUGUUUUCCUGGUUUACCCCUACCGUCGUCUCAAUAAAGGAUCACUUUUCUGUUACAUCUUACAACUCCUCGUCUUCAUCUGCUUUUGGGUCCUGUUUCCAUACACAUCGGCGCACCCCGCCGUGACAGCCUGACAGGCCUUUGGAUUAUUUUUUUUUUUGUUGUUGUUGUUUUCCUGACUGAAGUCCCUUAAAGUGCCCCCUCUUGUUUGCAGCCCCAUCAUAACCUUGACCCCAGAUGUUUCAAUCUUCAGAUUAUUUUCUUCCAGUACAGCCAUUACUAGCUUUUCAACAGCAUCUCCAGUAGCUAACUCCAAAUUACACACCUGAAGGAAGUGCUCCUUGAUUUCCAUAUUGUGUACAUAUCUGACAACAAAGGAAACCUGCUUGGUGUGAACACCUCUGUGGUUUCAUCCAUUAAUAUAGGAAAACACACACUUCUUCAGUCUCAGCUAACUGCAGGAAGUCACUUGGAUGAGUGACGAAACGC